UGACACUUUUGGAGUCACCCGUGCAGAAGAACUCUGAAAUUUCCCACAGCAAUCAAGUAUCCACUCUGUGCGCUCGGCGUGAUUGACACUCUCCGGGUUUGCUUUGUGCGUGGAUGUCGAGUGGCCCACUGCUGCAAAGAGCUCAGAAAAGAAGAGAAAGCCAGGCCCACAUUAACAGCUCCACUUUCGAGACCAAUGCACGCUUGUAAAGAAAGGAAAAAAGUGCCAAGCAGCCACGUUACGACAGAGCAUAUGUUAGCUUUGAGCUAGCCAGUAGCUAGCUAGUGGAGCAGCGGUCAGUGCAUGGCUACGCAGAGACUCUUGACUCUCUCCCACGCAGACUCUUGACAUGGGGAGUAAAAUGUCCUUCAGCAGAGGAAGCAGUGACCAAAAUACAGUCUCUGAGUUAACUUCUGUGACACCUCAUCCUCGCAGUUCCAUUCAUGCUCCUCCGGACUGCAAGCAGACACCUGAAGACAAGAGAUGCACUGAGGAAGAGCUGGACCCCAGCUGGGGAGAGGAAAUGAAAUUAGCAGAACUGACUGAAACUGCCCGUGAGUCCCACUCAUCAGGUCACCUGGAGUCUGAUGGCCAUGCUAACUCUGAAACAGUAAGCAGAACAAACAGUCGGCAGAGUGAGUGCACAUCAUCGCAGGUAGGGAUGGAAGCAGAGCCUCAAAUGACACCUGCGAAUGUGUGCAGCUCAACAACAGACAGUCAUGGGCAGCCCGUGGAGGUCCGCAGAAAACGCGGGCGCCCUCGUAAAGUAAAACCGCUGCUGACUGAAGAUGUAAAAGAUGCAGGUACCAUUGGUCUUAAUGCAGUUCAACAUAAGGAGAUCAGCACAACAAUACCUUUGCCAGCAUGCUUAGAAAACCACAACAGUGGUCAUGUGCCUAACGCUGUAGAUGGUCCUUUAAUCAAUAAUUCUGGUCCUCAUACUGUCUCUGAUGGUAAAGUAGAAGACAGUGUCCCUGCACUGCCAAAAAGAAGAAGAGGAAGGCCAAAAAAAUCAGAAAUCGCAGCUUUUAAAAAUACCUUUGUUAAGGCUGCUGCUGCCAGUGCCCCUGCUGCUUCUGCUCAUGCUAAUAAUAUUAACGGUCCAGCGCGGAGGCUGAGGAGUAGAGGGGAGCAGCAGCCUGCGACACAAGAUGGAAAGACUGAAUCUGAUAGCAAGGUAGAGCCCAAGCAAACUGAACUGACUCCUUCAGAAAGUAGUAAAACAUCCAACUUACAAGGUGUCAAAAGAAGAAGGUCUAAACUCACUGAUCAGCAAGUUCCAGCUAAAGUGUCCAGGCUGGAUGAUUCCCAGGAGGCCUUGUCAGUGUUGAGCAAUGACACAGGUUGUGGGGAGAGAGCAGAGACAGAUAAGCAGGUGGAACUUAACACUGACAAACAAGAGGCUGAUAUAGAUGGAAAGGAAGGCCAGUGUUCCCCACAGCUUGGUGAAGGACAAGAAGAACAGACAAAUAAAAAGGAGGAUGCAUCACCACAAAGAAAACUGCGUUCCCAGGUGGCACCUGAGCCUGAAGUUAUUCCCUCAGAGGAUUUGAACAGUCUAAACUUGGCAAGUCCUACACAAAGUGAUGAACCUAAAGUAGAACAGUUAGUGGGCAUGAAUUGCAACGAGGAGCCACAAUCAAAAAGCAGUCUUGACUCUCCAAAGGAUGCAAACUUGGAGAAUACAGAGCCCUCUACCACUGACAUAGUAACAUCCUCUGAAGAAACACCUAAACCUGUUGGGAGCCCCCAUGCUGUGAAAACUGAGAAUAUAGAGGUAGAGCUGGAUCAUUUAAAUCCUGUCGUAGAGCCGAACAGUCCUAAGUCUGUAGAAUACAGUGCCAACACCACAGUUAAAUCUGAGGGUCAGAGCACUCAGCGAAUAACUUUCAGGCGCAAGAGAGGCGGCAAGAGAAGGAGGAGGAUAAGUAAUGUUUUGGUACAGACAGAGAAACUUCCAGAGGGCCAUGAAGGCAGCGCCGCCACUCAACAAAAAGUAGACAGUGGUGAUGUGGACAAGGAGCCAGAGUCGACUGCUAAUGCAAAUGUUGUCUAUGCUAAAAAAGGGAGUAAAACUCUGUUGAAAUGUGGUUACUGCGGCCGCACGUUUAAAUUUCUGUCUCAGUUCAUCAUCCAUCAACGGAUUCACACAGGAGAGAGACCGUUCAAGUGUCCUGAAUGCGACAAAGGUUUUAGCAAAAACUCAAACUUAAAUCUUCAUCUCAAGACACACAGAAAGAGCAACAUAUAUCAAAAAUGCCCAUUUUGCAAGAUCAAAUUCUCUUGCUCUGAGUAUGCCUCUCAUAUGGAGAUGCACGCACAUGAGCUGGCUCAGGACUUAGAGAACAACAAAUCCGAAAUCCGGAGCAGGGGCAACAACCAGGAAGACUGUGAGGGAUUUCACACACCAGUUUCGUCAGAAAAGAGAGCAAGAAAAGUGUGCCAGUACUGUGGUAAAACAUUCCCAUUUCAGUCCGCCCUCAUAAGACACGUGCGUGUCCACACAGGGGAGAAGCCUUACAAAUGCGAUAUAUGUGGCAAAGCUUUUGGUCAGGCCUAUUUCCUCCGUGUUCACGAGCUGACACACUGGUCUGUGAAGCGUUACAACUGCACGCGUUGUGAAAAAUCAUUCACUCAUUAUAGCAAUGCAAAAAAUCACACGUGUAGACCUGCGGGAAGCGAUGAUGGCCCCCAGUCCAGCAGACGCGUAAAACCUUCACUAACUUAUACGUGUCACAUCUGCAAGAAUGUCUUUGAUCAUUUGCAGGAGUUCAACAGUCACAUGAGAGCACACACUGGUGCGAAGCUUUAUCGCUGCUUGUAUUGUGACAAGCUGUUCGGUGUGCUGUCUGAAUUUAACACCCAUCGCAAUCAGUGCAGAGGAGAGAGAAACGCCUCCAGCUCUGAGAUAAAGGAGGAGGAGACGAUGUCGUUAAUACAGUAUACAGUGCCUGCUCUGAGGUGUUCAUCAGGACAAAAUUCAGCAUCUUCUCUCACAGCUGCAAACUGCGAACCACAGAAAAAAACACUACAAACCAGCCGCAAGAGACGCAUUGCCAACCUAAAGAAGCCGUUCCAGUCCACGGUCAUACCGGCUCACCAUCUCUCACACCUCGUGUCGAAGUUAAACAAACUAGACAACAGAUCGGACCCCAGGAAAUAUCUAUGUCCGAGUUGCGGGCGACUGUUCAGACACAUGGGCAGACUCCGAGCCCACAUGCUCACACACGCCCCAGGUCAAAGUUAUACUUGUGCCUGUUGCGGCAAGACUCUAGAAAACUGGCAAAAACUGUGGCACCACCAGAGAAUCCAUCGACAGAGACGCGGCCGCUUCACUUGUCCUCAGUGCGGGCAAGGUUUUCGGUUUGUAGAGCCUUACAAGAAACACAUGAGCGAGCACCCAGAAUUCCAGUGGGUUCAGGUCAGGCCUAAGAAAGUGUUUCUGCCUUAUCAAUGUGAGCAGUGCAGAUGCAGAUUUAAGACUCUAGACUUGCUGUUCAAUCACCAGAUCUGCCAUUCCUCAACACAAGACAUGCACAAGGACUCUACUUUUGAUUUAUCUAUAGAUGAUCAUACUACACAAACAAACAAGAAAACAUUUAGCCCUUCCACCAACAACCAUAUAGCAACAUCACAUCCUGAUCCUGGAGACAGGAGCUCUCCUCUGAGCCCCUUAUCUAGUUAUCCAGACCCAGUUACUCAAGAUUCAGCUCUAGCACCCAUGAUUUCUCUUGUCCAAAACCAGGGUCUUGAUUUGGGUAAAACUUCCCAGCGCCCCAGCAGUACACAUUUAACCCAAGAUAGAGAACCCAGCCAUGACAGAACAGUUGAAAAUGCACUCGGGAAACCCAUCACACCUUUGAGAACUGUGAAAAGACACACAACCCAAAAUGCCAGCAUAUCAAACGAAGAGUCUUCAGACGGCAUUAAAUGUGCUGUGUGUGGUAAUGCCUAUCCUGCCAUUUCAGACCUUUAUCACCACUAUUUGCAGCAUGCCAGAGGCCAGGUGUAAUAACCUAGGUGAAUGGGUUCCCCUUCUACAUCGACUGUUUUACAUUGUUUUACACAGGGGUCCUGCAGUAGAAAAUAUAAAAACAUUGUCUGUUACAUAUCUGGAAAAGCUAGGAAAACUCUUUAUUCAGAUGAUUUGUUCACAGUUUCCAAAUUAUGACGAAAAACUGAAUGUACAAAUACUCACACUUCACCUAUUUUCAUUAACUUCAUGAAGCAAUUUAAGACAGAAACCAUUUAGCUGUCUGUGGUUUCUAUAAUUAAAUUUCUGUCAAUCAGAAAGAACAGAAGAGAUGUAGAUGGAGAGAAAAUAUAAAAUUGGUUACAGGAGGAUUGUACUGGUGUCAGGGAGAUGCCCCAGAUGUUUUGUACAUUCAGUGCAUUGAUGAAGCAGCCUUGGAAUAAUGUAAUUGGCUAUAUAACAAUGUAUUUGAACACAGAAAUUGUACUGUAUGUAAAUGAUCAAUCAUAAAACACCAGAAUACAGUUAGCAAAUAUUUAUAUGUGAAAUAAUCAUUUAAAUAUUGCGAAUCAUCAUUUAUUUUUGUUCUACUGCUACCUUUUUUAUUUCUACUUGGAAAAGUACAGUGUCCAUCCACAGUGUGAGAAAAUCAGCCACUGAUCAGACAUCACACUGAAUUAAUUCAUGAACUCUAAAGUUGUGUUUGGCAAAUCUGACCAAAAAAUGAUUGGAACACUGCAACAAUAAAUUCAGUUUAUAGUUUAUAUUUUAAAUGUGCUGAUUUACCCAUCAUGUCAUCCAUGAAUAAUAUGACCAUUUAAGUGAGUAGUCCAGUAUAGUUUUUCAAGUUUUAAACACUCAUCAGAAUGCAUUCAUUUACUGUGUGACCACUGUGAAUUUAAUAUCAAAAAUCAACAUCAUGAAUGUCUGUUCUUGACUAAUACAAGUCAAGCUGUUGCGAAAAAAUGUGUUGUACUGAUUGCAAAUUUGGUCUACAUCAAUGACAUGCAUCUGCCUUCUGUAUUUAUAUUUUGAAGGUCAGUGUCAGCUUCUGUUAUGCACAUGUUUGUCAAAGAGUUUGCUCUGUUGUGGACUUGUAAUAUGAUGGCUGAAAUCAAGUGACGCUAAAUUUUCCAGACAAUGUACUGACAAACGCACAUUCCACAACCUGCCUCACCAAGUGAGUUUUGUUGAACAUCCAUCGCUGUUCACUGCUUCUGAAAAACUACAUUUUCGUGCUUUGAUGUCAGGUCUGAUUUUGUUGAACUCAUGAAAAAAAGACAAUUCAAAAUAUGUUUCCCACGUGGACAGCCUGAUCUGUUGUAUAUAUAGUUUUAUGCAAUAGUUUGUCUUAAGAACAAUAAAGAUCACUUUUGUAUUCACA